GUAACUUAUGGCGGGCAACCUCCGCCCUCGCUCAACGCAUUCUAACAGCAUCACAUCCAACACCACAAAGCAUCAGCAGCCAGCAUCACUUGCAAAACGUCUGCUCUUUCCGCAUUUGCCACCAGGCUCAGACUUGCCGCCGUUGUUUGUUUCAUCAAGCGCCUAUGAUUUUCUUGCGCUUGCUUUGCGUGCCUUCGUCAAUACGUGGUGGACCAAGAUUACUCGUUAUGAUAAGGAAUUACUUCCAGAAAUUAUGAUUGUCCUCACGACCGUCCUUCGGACACUUGAAACACGCCUGCUAUCCACUGACUUUUCAUUAUUCGUGUUUUCAGUCGCCCCUGCUCUGAUAACGCAACAUUAUCGCGACUACCGACAUGCUGCGUCCAAAGUGUCUACCUCGUACGCAAUGGGUGGUGCUAUACCACUUCCACACCUCUUUCAUCAACUGCAGCCUCACGUGGCAAUAUCUCCCGAGGGUAAAAUUGACGAAGAAUACUUUCGUCAGGCAUUCGACCAUGUACUUAAAUCAUGUCUACCUCCUCAGGAUUAUACUCCAGAGGCUGAGCGAUUCAUCGUGCGUGAAAUCAUCCUCAAGGUACUAGUGAAGGAUGUUAUUCCACGAGUCACCCAGCCUUGGUUUAUUCAGAGAACAAUUCUAGACUUGCUCGGUCCAUCACUUGAUGCAGAAUCUGACAAGCCUCCAAACGUAUCGUCACCGUCACAUACUCAUCACGCUCAUUUUUCAUUUCAUUUCCUCCUUGUGUUCUUCCUCUCUGCUGUGCAAUCCAUCUCUGGGAUGGGCCUAUCCCUUGUUCAAACAUAUAAGCAAACGCUCAAUACCAUCAAACUGGUUAAUCAUUCUGCGCGCCCAACAAUUAAUCAACGACGAAGUGAACCAUGGGGGAAAGCUCGUCCAGUUCCCAUAUCGCCCACAAGAUCAAUCUCACCACCUUUGUCAUCAUAUGCUUCAGCCGCGUCGUCUACUCUGUCCCUGCAUGCAAAUAUUCCUCAGCCCAACCCUCAGUGUUCACCCAGUGAUUAUGUUCGAGAGCCUCUAACAAUGAUAUCCGAGCUGUUUACAAUGCACGAGCGCUUUGCUACAAGCGCACUAAUGCAUACGUUAUGCAUGAUCUGUGCGGCCACGACACCGUUCUUGGACCGACUAUUGAACCACUUACUGUAUACUCGGAUUUUGUGCGCGUCCUCUAUAGUAUUUGUAAUACGACUUUCCAAGCGUACUUUAUUCCCAAAUGGAUACCCAGGCUCGCCUCCGAUCGAUCCCACUCCAGAAGAACAAAUUGCUAUUCGCCAGCAGUUACUUCGGCGACUGCGCGAACAGGUGCCGGCGUUUCUGGCUCCCAUCCUUGGAUCAUCGCCAGAACGCACUGUUGAGGAAUUAAUCAGCCCCCUCUGCGACGCUGCGUGUAAUGCACACCUUGCUGUCUUUAUCAUGGACGCGUUAUUAUUGUCCAUUUUCCCAGAGAUGGGAGUCGAACGGAGUGCUGGGAAUGCCGACGUGGAUGUAGCAGAAAGGUUAGAUGACGACGGAAAGGACUGGGUGCCAGGGAUAAACCAAACUUCAACGUCGACAAUGACUCCAUAGCGAUGUUAGGAUUAUUCUGUGCGAUUUUUCAGAGUUUCCGAUUCGGAAUCAUGAUCAAAGAUCCUCACAUAUUUGUCUGUAUUUAUUGACGUCACACGGUACGGUAUAUAUGGUCUAGCAAGAAAUCAAAACGCGUAUUCCCAGCGUUUGUC